CAGCGCCUGUCAAACUUUGACAGCUGAAAGUAAUGUAAAGCGUCAUGUGUUGGUUUAUUUUUAUCUGAAGGCGACAGCAGCUUUAAAGAACCACCGUUUAGAGACUCCGAUGAAGAUGCGCGCGUGUGUUACGGCGCUGCUGCUGCUCGGGCUGCGCGCGUGCUUCUCUCAAGACGUCAAACCACAGGAGGAUGAUGAAGAGGAUGAAGAUUUGAUGUUUCAGACGCGGGCUCAGGUGUCGGGUCGAGCGCUGGUUCCGGGUGUCAGAGCUCAGGACUGGAUCUCAUCUGCCCGGGUUCUGCUGGACGGAGACAAACACGUGGGGUUCAUCAGAGAUGAUGGAAGCUUCACAGUCAGUGACGUCCCGUCCGGGUCGUAUGUUCUGGAAAUCUCGUCUCCGACCUACAGAUUCCAGCCUGUGCGUGUUGACAUCACCUCCACAGGGAAGAUGAGGGCUCGUGUGGUCAACUACAUCAGGACCUCAGAGGUGAUCCGACUGCCGUACCCGCUUCAGAUGAGAUGCGUCGGUCUGCAUUCAUACUUCAUCCCGCGGGAAACCUGGGGCUGGUCAGAUUUCCUCAUGAACCCGAUGGUUGUCAUGAUGGUUCUUCCUCUUCUGAUAAUCCUUCUUCUUCCUAAAGUCUUCAACCCUAGCGAUCCUGAGAUGAGACGGGAGAUGGAGCAGUCCAUGAACAUGCUGAACUCCAACCAGGAGCUUCCAGACGUCUCGGAGCUCAUGACCAAGUUCUUCUCAGCACCCAAAAGUCACGAGAAGGCAGGAGGCGGAGCCAGGGGCCAUAGGGGAGGAGCCCCUGCUGCAAGGGGCGGGGCCUUGAGGCGGAAAAUAAGAGAUUAAUGUGCACCUCACAUCAUAUGCAGAAUGAAACAGAAUCUAAGAGCGUGAAAAAGCUUUUAUUACUCAUUAUUCACAAACUUUACAGGUUCAUCUAUUGUGUUUAUCAGAGCCAGUGUCUUCAGCCGGUCAGAACACAAUAUUUCAUCUGUGUUUAUAUGUGAAAGACACUUGACCAUCAUUAUACUGCUGCUGAAUCUCACCCGGAUUAUUGAUAUAUUCAAGCUGCUUCAGCAUCACGAUGUAACACAGUAACACUUUACAAUAAGGUUUCAUUAGUUAAUGUUAGUUCAUGCAUUAACUAACAAGCAAUGCAUUUAUUACAGUGUUUAUUCAUCUUUGUGGAUGUAAGUUAAUAAAAACAAAAUGUUCAUUAGUCAGGGUU